AUGGCAGCGACCCGCAUCAUCGAGCUCGCCAGAUCCAUCCUCGAGAAUGCCUCCACGAUCGAUGCCACCUUGGAAUCUCAAGGCCUCCCCACACCCACCUUUGAGCCCAGCGUAUCAGUCCUCUUCCCGCCAGGCGUAACUUCAGCAAGAGACACUGUUCUUGAUGCCACGCAAGAACUCCAUGACCUCCUCCUCGCGCCUAUGAAUCUUAUCCAGCGCAAAGCCAGCGCAAGCAUGAAAGCCAUCUCCCGAUACAGCAUCGCGGCCUGCCUGGAGCCCGGGGAGACAAAGACGUACAAAGAGUUGGCCGACACUUGCGGGCUCGCUGAGCGACCGCUGAAGCAUCUGCUCCGCCAUGCGAUGACGAUGAGGAUCUUCGCCGAGCCGGAGAAAGGGAAAGUGGCGCAUACGGCCGUGUCGGCACUCAUGCGCGAUCAGAACUGCGCCGCGUGGUUGCAGUAUGGGACCGAGGAUCUGUGGCCGGCUAGUGUGAAGCUGGUAGACGCGUUGGGACUGUGGCCGGGAUCGGAGGAGCCGCAGCACACGGGCUGGAACAUCGCCCAUGGCGUUGAGGGGCCGUUAUACCAAAGGUUUGCAGCGGAUACCAAGCUCGCGUCGCGCUUCGGCGCCUCAAUGACGUCUAUGAUCUCUGAUAAUCCCGCGUUCGACCCUGUUCACUUGCACCGCAGCCAUGACUGGGCAUCGCUUGGAAGCGGGUUGGUCGUCGACGUGGGCGGGUCGCACGGCGCUUUAGCCAUCAGUCUCGCGACCGCGUUCCCCAAUCUCCGCUUCAUCUCGCAGGACCUGGCCAGCUCAAUUGAUGGCGCGCCACAGGUUCCGAAAGGAGUGGCAGGCAGAGUCCUGUUGAUGCCGCAUGACUUCUUCACGCCCCAACCAGUGCAGGCAGAUGCGUACAUAUUCCGGUGGAUUUUCCACAACUGGUCCGAUAAGUAUGCGGCUAUGAUUCUGAAAGCGUUGGUUCCGUCCUUGAAGGCUGGGGCGAGGAUACUGGUACAGGACGGGUGUCUGCCUGAUCCGGGCGUGCUUCCUAGUUGGAGGGAGACGGAUCUCAGGGACAUGGACCUUCUCAUGGGUACUUACUUUAACGCUUGGGAACGAGACGCGGACGAGUGGAGAGAGCUCUUCAUGAAGGCGGACUCGAGGUUUGAGUUCAUUGGCAUCACCCGGCCUCUUGGAUCUGCGCUGGCGUUGGUCGAAGCACGCUGGGGCGGAGAAGGCUAG